CAGUGAACGCUGUAACGUUCAGCCCACUAAACCAGUAAAAUGAAACUACAUAUCCUCUUGAUCGCCCUGGUGGCCCUGGUGGCCACGGUGUCGUCCAAGUCGGCUCCUGGUCGCUUGGCUGCGCGGUAUGACCACUUUAGGGUCUACCAAUUGGACAUUGAGACGGAAUGGCAAAUGGAGGAGAUUAAGAAGAUUCACGAGCACAUCACUGUGCACAUCCUCAACGAGCUGGGUCUUCCCGGUAACAAAUACCACAUCAUUGUAGGCCCCCUGUUCCAUAGAGCUUUUGAGAAGACUCUGAAAUUCCUGGAAAUCGUUUACGAAGUAAUUGUCGAGGAUCUGCAAAAAUUAAUAGAUGAAUCCUCUGUUGACGAUGAUUCCGAAAUGGAAUGGGAGUCCUACCACUCUCUGGAAACCAUUUAUGAUUGGAUUGAUAAGGAGUGUGCUGCCCACGAUUACCUGGAGUGCAAAGUGAUUGGACAGUCUUAUGAGGGUCGCGAUAUUAAGAGCAUCAAGCUGUCGAAGCGGUCGGGCAACAAGGCUAUCUUCCUGGAGGGAAACAUUCACGCCAUGGAAUGGAUCUCGUCCGCCACCGUCACCUUCCUCCUGAACCAAUUGAUCAACUCUGAGGAUGCGGAGAUGCAGCGUCUGAGCGAGGAGUACGAUUGGAUUGUUGUGCCUAUGGUGAACCCUGAUGGCUUUGUCUACACUCAUGAUGUGGAGAGGUUGUGGCGCAAGAACCGUCGUCCCAAUGGAUAUAGUAAUGAUACUGGUGAUUGCUAUGGUAUCGAUAUGAACAGGAACUUUGACUACCACUGGGGAGGUGCCGGCUGGAACAUCGAUGAGCCCUGCGAUCACUGGUUCGGUGGUGAUGUUCCCAACUCUGAGAUCGAGAUCGUAUCCCUCCAAAACUUCGUGAGCUCCUUUGAGGAUGGUUAUAUCCGAUCGUACAUGGCUUACCAUGCCUAUGGACAGUACGUGCUCUUGCCCUAUGGACACUCCAACACCGAGUUCCCCCCCAAUUACGAGCAGAUGAAGCGCAUUGCCGCCGCUUUCUCUGAUGCCGCUGCUGAUGUCUAUGGCUCUGCUUUCACCUAUGGAGCUAGUGGUCUUCUUAACUAUGUCGUCUCUGGAGCUGCCAAGGAUUGGGCCUACGGCGUGAAGAACAUCCCCUUCACCUGCACCGUGGAGCUGCGUGACAAGGGUACCUUCGGAUUCUUCUUGCCCUCCAACCAAAUCACCGAGGUGGGCCUCGAGGUCACCGCUGGUCUGAAGGCUCUGGUCAACAAGGCAGCCGAGGAGGGAAUUUUCGAUUAAACGCUUGUUCUGUAAAUUUAAUUUAAGAGCAGGUGCUGUGAAUAAUAAAUAUAUAAAUUGUA